AUGUUCCGCACCGCUCUCCUCCGAUCCUCCCGCUGCCUCGCGCAGGCCAGCACCAGAGCGCAGCAACCCGUCCUGCGACGUGCCGCCGCCGCCAGCUCCUUCCUCUCCACCAGAAUAUCGACCCCAGCACUCUCCAUAACCGCCGUGCGAUGUUAUGCAUCCGGCUCCGGCUUGGCUCAGGAGGAGGUGACUGGGCGGAUCAUGGACCUGCUCAAGAACUUCGACAAGGUUACCGAUGCUUCGAAGUUGUCCGCGUCGGCGCACUUCACAAAUGAUCUCGGACUGGACAGCUUGGAUACCGUGGAGGUGGUGAUGGCGAUUGAAGAGGAGUUUAGCAUCGAGAUACCAGACAAGGAGGCGGAUGCGAUCCACAGUGUGAACCAAGCCGUGGACUACAUCAUGUCACAGCCCGAUGGUGCGCCUGACGCCAGAGCUCCGUCAAUGGCAAGCCGCUAA